ACCAUAUGGAAAGAAGAGGAAGAGCGAAAAAAAACAAGGAAAACUCGAAUGUUUGUGAAAUAAUUUGAUUAGCGUUCAAGGAGAGUGCUGUAAGCGCAGAGGAGCAGGCAGUGUGAACAGUGAACACACUCCACCGAACUGAAGGCACAAAGUUACCCGAUCUUACCCCUGCGGCUUACCUAUGGCCAAUAGAAACAUGCGUAACACCACCAAAGUUGAGGCCCUGAUCGAGAGCUGCCGCAGCGAAGGCAAGUGGCAGCGGGUCAUCGAGCUGACCGACGAACUGAAGACCGGGUCGCCGCACAAUGAGUGCCUAGCCAACUUCCUGGUGGGUGAGGCUCGGCUGGAGAGCUACCUGGAGGACAACGCCCUCGCUCCCGCCGACUCCAACUUCGGGCGUGCCAAGUCCGGCUUGGUCGAGGCCCGUCGGUUCCUCCACUUGGCCCUGGGCGAGAGCGGACACAAGGCUGGCAUUGCCCUGGACGCCUACCUGCUGCUGGCCAAGCUGUGCUUCGCCUGCGGCGAGUACGAGCAGAGCCUGGACAAUUUCGUCAAGGCGGAGCUGAACACACUCGCCGAGAAAGAACUGACCCUUCGCAGUCUCAAGAUCCUGGCCGAGUCGUAUGCCAUCAAGGGAUUGUGCCUGGAGCAGCAGACCUCGAAGCCGACGUCCAAGUUCAAGAAGGCCGAGAAAGAAACAGAGAUGAUAAGCUGCUUUGAGCGCGCCACCGAUCUGGGGCUGCUUUACCUGCAGGAGUACGACAUCGUGAGUGGCAGCAGCAGUUCGUCGAACAACUCCACUGCUGGUUCCACACUCAAUGUGAACGCUAGCGUGCAGCCAUCGAGCAGCAGCUUUGCCAUUAGCAGUACCAUACCGGCUAGUGGUCCCACCGGUCUGGAGGUGAACCGCAGGAUGGGGGCCAUUCUGGAGACCGCCCUGCAGCGGGCGCCUAUAGUGCUUAUCAAGACGGAGAAGCUUCAGGAGGCCGUCGAGCGGUACCGGAUCAUGCUGAAUGCCAUUGAGACGCGGGCCACUCAAUCGCUGCGUCUCACGCUGGCCCGCCAGCUAGCUGAGGUGCUUUUGAGAGGUGUUUCCGGCACGAUUUAUGCCCCUCCCUUCACCGGAAAGUCGGGCGGUGGCACCUUGCGUGGCGGAUCCUCCAAGAAGCUGUGGAAGCCCAGAAAGUACGCAGCCCGCCAGCAGUUUAACCCACGUAACCAGCAGGAGGAGGUGAUAUUGCUUCUACUCAUCGCCGAGGCGCUGGCAGUGAGGGAUACUGUUUUGUCGCAGAGUCCUGAGUUUAAGCAGGCUCGUCAGCAUGCCAUGGGCAACGUGACGGCUGUCUAUGAUCUCCUGACCUUGGCCACUGUGCGCUGGGGCCUCGUUCAGUUGCUGAACGAGUCCUUCGAAAAGGCGCUAAAGUUCAGCUUCGGUGAACAACACGUUUGGCGUCAGUACGGUCUGAGUUUGAUGGCAGCCGAGAAGCACUCACACGCUCUCCGAGUCCUGCAAGAGUCAAUGAAGUUGACGCCUAGCGAUCCGGUGCCUUGCCUCCUGGCCUCGCGCCUCUGCUACGAGAGUCUGGAGACGGUUAAACAGGGACUAGACUACGCUCAGCAGGCGCUCAAGCGUGAAGUUAAGGGUCUACGGCCAUCUCGCAGUCAGCUCUUUGUCGGCAUUGGGCACCAGCAGCUCGCCAUCCAGUCGAACCUAAAAAGCGAGCGAGAUGCGUGCCACAAACUGGCUCUGGACGCCCUGGAGCGGGCUGUGCAGCUGGACGGGAACGACCACCUGGCCGAGUAUUACCUAUCGUUGCAGUACGCACUUCUGGGACAGCUGCCAGAGGCUCUGGCUCACAUCCGUUUCGCACUGGCGCUGCGCAUGGAGCACGCUCCUUGUCUGCACCUCUUUGCACUGCUGCUCACGUCUUCGCGGCGUCCGCGGGAGGCACUGGGUGUGGUGGAAGAUGCCCUGCACGAGUUUCCCGACAACCUACAGCUCUUACACGUUAAGGCACAUUUGCAGCUGCAUUUGGAGGAUGCAGAGACGGCGCUCGGAACUGUGCAGCACAUGCUGGCCGUGUGGCGGGACGUCUACGAGGCGCAGCUGGCGGGGGAGGAGGAGAAACACUCGGAUACCAAGAGUGGCGUUCACCUGGCACAUUCCUCACAGAUGUCCGACAAGGAUUCAAAUUCCGUGUAUGCUGCUUCCCUGGCUGCAGUCUCUCGCGUGGAACAGGCUCUCAGUGAAGCGGCCAGCUCACUUAGUUCGUUUACCCAGCGUCCUGGACCUCGACGACCCUGGAUGCUGCAGAUUGAGAUCUGGCUGUUACUGGCUGAUGUCUAUCUACGCAUAGAUCAGCCCAACGAGGCACUUAACUGCAUACACGAAGCUUCCCAGAUAUACCCGCUUUCGCAUCAAAUCAUGUUUAUGCGCGGGCAAGUGCAUGUCUAUUUGGAGCAAUGGUUUGACGCCAAGCAAUGUUUCCUUAAUGCUGUUGCCGCUAACCCCAAUCAUACCGAAGCUUUGCGCGCUCUGGGAGAGGCACAUUUAAUACUAGGCGAGCCCAGGCUGGCCGAGAAGAUGCUAAAGGAUGCGGCUAAGCUGGAUCCAAGCUGUCCCAAGAUUUGGUUCGCUUUGGGCAAGGUAAUGGAGAUCCUGGGCGAUUUCAAUGUCUCCGCCGACUGCUUCGCCACAUCGCUGCAGCUAGAGCCUUCGUGUCCUGUGCUACCUUUUACUUCAAUACCGUUGGUCUUUGAAUAGGAACUUUUUUCGUCCCCUUUUGAUUCCUUUGUAUCAGAUUCAACCUUUACUAACCUCAAAGUGAACAGCAAUAUUACUUACUAUAUAUACUAUACUUAAACCUUCAAAAGUAAAAAGUGUAAUUAAUACCUUGGUUAUUAUGAAAUGUUGUGUCGCAGUAUUACAGCAACAAGGAUCUAAAUAUUGUUUGUGCUUGUAAAUUAUUAGCUAGAAUUGUUGAAGUUGAUGUGUAAAAAACCUUUGAAAAUCUUACCGACCUAAAUUAAAAAAAUGUAUUUCUUUCCUCUUCUUUUAACAUAAAGUUUUUUAGGUUGGAGUUUAGUGCAAUUAAUUUAUUUAAUUAAUCCAUGAAAUGUUAAUUAUUGCAUAAAUAUUUAAUUGAUACCUAUAAACAGACAUAGAUAUAUUAUGUAUACUUCCUCGUGAAUUUAUUUAAUGAUAAAUAUAUAUAUAAACUAGAUUACA